CCACGCACGCACGCCAUGGCAUCCGACGCGAGGCUCGCGCUGCCGGCCCGCCUCCCGUCACUCCUCCUCCGCCCGAUGCUCCGGGCGCCCUGCGCCACCGCGUCCACCUCGCCGAGGUGCCGCGUCCUUACGGUGGCGCGCCCGUGCACGCCGGUGCCGGGCCGUGGCUGGACCCGGCUCCGGCCUCUCGCCGCCGAGGCCGAGCCGCAGGGGCGGGUGCAGCGAGGAGACGACGUGGUCGACAGCAACGUGCUUCCCUACUGCAGCAUCGACGGGAAGGUCAAGAAGUCCAUAGGGGAGAUGGAGCAGGAGUUCCUCCAGGCCUUGCAGUCAUUCUACUAUGACAAGACGGCAAUCAUGUCGAACGAGGAGUUUGACAACCUUAAGGAGGAGCUCAUGUGGGAAGGAAGCAGUGUUGUUAUGCUAAGUCCUGAUGAGCAAAGGCUUUUGGAAGCCUCCAUGGCUUAUGUGUCUGGCAACCCCAUCAUGACAGAUGCCGAAUUCGAUGAUCUAAAGCUCAGGUUAAAGAAAGAAGGAAGUGAUAUCGUACAGGAAGGACCAAGAUGCAGCCUACGCAGUCGAAAGGUGUACAGUGACUUGACCGUGGACUACUUCAAGAUGUUCCUGCUAAAUGUUCCAGCAGCUGUUGUAGCUCUUACCAUAUUCUUCUUCCUGGAUGAUUUGACGGGGUUCGAAAUCACAUAUCUCCUCGAGCUGCCAGAACCUUUCAGUUUCAUCUUCACAUGGUUUGCUGCACUCCCUCUGAUAUUUUGGAUAGCACAAGCAAUUACUAAUGCCAUAAUAAAGGACUUCUUAAUUUUGAAGGGACCAUGUCCAAAUUGUGGCAAUGAAAAUCUUUCUUUCUAUGGGACUAUACUGUCAAUACCUAGUGGUGGUGCCAAAAACAAAGUGAAAUGUGCAAAUUGUGGUACUGCAUUGGAAUAUGAUGCUGGAUCCCGGUUGAUUACACUUCCAGAGGCGUAACUGAAUGUGACAUGUAGCCAGUUCUCACUAGCAGGAGAGAGGAGCUGCAGCGUAGCAAUCCUGUGGUCUGCUAUGGAGAGCAAUUUCAGCCUUGAAACUUGGCCAUAAUCGUGCAGUGAUGUAAAAAUAUAUGUCGGCUCUGUUUGUACUACUAUGUGAUUUUCUUCUGUGCUGAUCAUACAGUUAGAGAUGCAUCCACAGAAUGUACAGAAACUUGUAUAGUCUCCAUUCUACAUGUACUAGAACUGUAGUAUAUUCAGAGCAUGAUUGUCCAGAGAACUGCUGCUGUUUUAUGCUAAGUUUUACUGUAAAGAUAAUUUCGGCACUGAA